AUGUGGAUAGUUGCUGCUGGUACAGAUUGUUCUGGAUCAACAUCAAACACACUUAAUGGUCCUCGUGGUAUAUUUGUUGACACAAAUCUCAAUUUAUAUGUUACUGACUGUUUUAAUAAUCGAGUUCAAUUAUUUCAAUCACAACAACUCAAUGGAAUAACAGUAGCAGGAACUGGAGCAUCUGGAACUAUUAGUCUUAGUUGUCCUUCUGGAAUUGUACUUGAUGCAGAAGGAUAUCUCUUUGUUACAGACUGUGGAAAUCAUCGUGUUGUUGGCUCGGGACCAAAUGGAUACCGUUGUUUAGUUGGAUGUUCAAGUGUUAUAGGUUUAGCAUCCAAUCAGUUAUAUUAUCCAACCACAAUGUAUUUUGAUAAUCAUGGAAAUAUGAUUGUAGCUGAUGAUUGGAAUCAUCGAAUUCAAAAAUUUCUUAUAACAAAUAUUUCUUCAGAUUUCGUUACUAAUCAACCAAACUUAUGUCCAUCUACAACAUGGUAUACAGAUGCGAUUACAUUUGCUAAUAGCAGUACGGUUGGUACAAGUCCAUUUACAGUUUUUGUUACAACCAAUAAUACUAUCUAUGUAGCUAAUAAACAAAAUAGUCAGGUAUUAAUCUGGUCCGAAGGAAGUAUAAAUCCAAAUAGAGUUAUUUCUACUGGUCUGAACACGACAUAUAGUGUUUUCGUUACUCCCAACGGUGAUAUAUAUGUUGAUAAUGGCUAUAGUAAUCAUAGAGUCGAUAAAUGGACAUUUAACUCCAAUACAAGUAUUCUUUCAAUGUCAAUCGUUAGUUCAUGUUAUGCGAUGUUUGUAGAUUCUAGUAAUACUCUCUAUUGUUCAUUAAAUCUUAAUCAUCAAGUUGUGAAGAAAUGGUUAAAUGAUAAUGUCACUACUUCCACUAUAGUUGCUGGCACAGGAGUUGCUGGAUCAUCUGCAAAUAUGUUGACCUAUCCCACCGGAAUCUUUGUUGAUAUUAAAUUUAACUUGUAUGUUGCAGAUUGUAGUAACAAUAGAAUUCAAAUGUUUGCAUUGGGACAAACUAAUGGAACUACAUUGGUUGGAAAUAAUGCACCAGGAACCCCCACAUUAAAUUGUCCAUAUGGUGUUAUACUUGAUGCGAAUGGAUAUCUUUUUAUUGUUGAUGAUCAUAAUCAUCGAAUACUUGGAUUAGGACCAUAUGGUUAUCGAUGUUUAUUCGGAUGUACUAGUGUUCCUGGUUCUGCAUUAAAUCAAUUAAAUUACCCAACAGCCAUAAGUUUCGAUAGUUAUGGAAAUCUUUAUGUUUCCGACAGUUCGAAUAGUCGAAUCGUUAAAUUGCUUCUGGCAUCAAAUUCAUGUAAUUUAUCUUAUAAUCAACCAACAAUUUGUUCAAACGCAAUAUGGUCACCAAACGGCGUUACUUUUGCUUCGAGUGGGACAAUUGGUACAAUACCUAAUGGUAUUUUUAUUGAUGGAAUUAAUAAUGUUUAUGUAAUUAAUCAAGUCAAUAAUACUAUUUUAAAAUGGUCGCAAUGGAAUAGUUCAGCAUCAAUUCUCACUUAUAUUAAUGUAUCAAAUCCACAUAGUGUGUUCGUUUCUAUUACUGGUGAUAUUUAUGUGGAUAAUGGUUAUUUAUAUGGCCGAAUUGAUAAAUAUUUCUUUAAUACAUCAAAUUUUAUUACAGUUAUGAAUGUAAAUGGAAGUUGUAUUGGCUUAUUCAUUGAUAUUAAUAAUAAUCUCUAUUGUUCUAUUCAAAAUCAACAUCAAGUUACUAAACUUUUACUUAAUAAUGGUACAACUAUCCCAUCAAUUGUAGUAGGAAAUGAUGGAAAAAUCGCUUUGAUUACUGGAGGAUCAGAAGGUAUUGGCUUUGCAACAGCUGAACGUUUUAUUCUUGAAGGUAUUGAACAUGUUUUCAUAACUGGACGAAGACAAGAAAAACUCGAUGAAGCGGUGAAGAAAAUUCAAUCCAAUCGAAUAACGGCUGUUCAAGGCGAUGCAUCAGAUCUGAAUCAUCUCGAUCGAUUAAUCGAUAUUAUUCGUGAGACAAAAGGACGAUUAGAUAUCAUAUUUGCCAAUGCAGCAAGUUGUUCAUUUGCUCGAUUUGGUACAAUUACUGAGAAGCAUUUUGAUGAAACAUUUAAUGUCAAUGUUAAAGGUGUUUUAUUUACAAUUCAAAAAGCAUUACCAAUUCUAGUUAAUCGAUCUUCGAUUAUUAUCAACGGAUCGAAUUCUUCGAAUAAAGGAGAUCCAGAUUUAACUGUUUAUUGUGCGACAAAAGCUGCUUUACGUUCAUUUGCUCGCUGUAUGACGGUCGAUUUAAAAGAACGGCAAAUUCGUGUUAAUACACUGAGUCCAGGAGCAAUUGAUACACCUCUUCUGAGAUCGAUGGGAAAUACACAAGAUGAAGUCGAAAAUAAUCUUAAAAUGUGGACAGAAGCAAUACCGAUGAAUCGUCUUGGAACGCCAGAUGAAGUUGCAAAAGCUGUAGUGUUUCUUGCUUCCGACGAUAGUUCCUAUAUAACAGGAAUUGAAUUAUUUGUUGAUGGCGGUUUAUCCCAAAUUUAA